GGAAAAAUGUCUAAUGUUACUGUUAUACGAGUAUUACUAACACAACAAGGAUUAAACUACUGUGACAACUAGUACAGCCAGUAUUAGUAACCACCGAUAAAAUAUAAUUGAUAAAUCUGAGGGGGGCAUGGUCUCGAGCUGUAUUUGGCCUCUGAAUCUUCUAUCGUUUAUAAUUUAUUAUUUAAAUUUUUUUGUGUGGCGGGUAAGAGCGUUCUUCCUCUUGUCACCUUCAAGUCUGUAACUGUAGAACCACAACAAGUAUUACAAACACUUUGCCCAGUUAAGCUACCCAGCCAAGUACCAACUAGUAGUGCUAGUAUUAAUAACUACAAGCGGAAUAUAAUUGAUAUAUCUUAGGUCUCACACUGGAUUUGGCCUCUGAAUCUUCUAUCGUUUAUAAUUUAUUAUUUAAAUUUUUUUGUGUGGCGGGAAAGGGCGUUCAUCUUGGCACCUUCAAGUCACAAAACUGUGACUGUACAACCACAAGUAUUACUAACACAAGGCCCAGUUAAACUACUGAUACAAGUACUAACUAGUAGUGCUAGCAUUAUUAACCACAAGUAUAUAGUUGAUAAAUCUGAGGGGGUCUUGGUCUAAUGCCGGAUUUGGCCUCUGAAUCUUCCAUAACUUUUAUGUAUUUGUGUAUAUGUUUUAGGUAAUUUUUGAGUGGCGGUAAAAGGGCGUUCAUAGACGCCAUCUUGUCACUUUAAAGUCACAAAACUAACUGUAAAACCACAACAAGUAUUAACACAAGACUCAGCUACAGAGACAAGUACUAACUAGUAGUGCAAGUACUAAUAAACACAAGUACAAUAUAAUUGAUAAAUCUGGGGGGGUCUUGGUCUCACGCUGGAUUUGGCCUUUAUGAAUCGUCCAUAUUCUUUUAUUUUCAUUGUAUUUGAGUGGCGGGAAAGGGCGUUCAUCUUGUCACCUUCACAUCAUAACAGGGUUACUGUACAAUGAGUAUUACUAACAGAACAAGGUCGACUUAAACUACUGAGACAAGUACAAGCAAAACAACUACUAGUACCAAAAGUACUAUUAGUUUAAGUGUGCCUAGCUGGUAAUACUCCUUAGUGUUGAUAUCUGCCGGUAGCGGUGCUGCUCGUUGUUUUAACCGUUUGAACCGCCGUAGCCAAGAGGUUAAAGUGGGAAGAGCGGAAAGGGGGAGGAAAGAGGGAGGAAGGAGGAAAAGGGAAGGCCCUGCCCUCCUUCAGAAGGAGUCAAACUACUUGGAGGACACUUUUACCAACUUUUCUUUAAUGUUCCAGUAAUUAGUCCGUAGCUUCUCGCCGAGGUCAGCCGACACAGCGAAGCCAGCGGGCGGCCAGGACCCGCGGGGUGACGGACGGCGACAUGUCGGGGGGAUCCGCAACCGACUGGAUGUGACAGGAAGAGAGGAGGAUGGAGGGAGAGAAAGAAGUGGCCGAGGAGAAGGAGGAAGAGGAGGAGGAGAAGAAAGAGCUUCAUCAUCACAUCGCAGCGACGUCCUCUGUGGACUACCCGGACCUUCCCAUCAUGCACUGGGAGGACUUGAGCCAGCGGAUCGCUGAGUUGGAGAAACAGGAGCAGGAGAGGAGGGAAAGGUCAAAGCAGAGGGGGGCCGGGGUGAGGGUGCCGGAGAGUCAGGGGGGAGUGUGGAGAGACGUCUGGGAGGAAGAGGAGGAAGACUUCAGGAGGUGUCGGGUUGCUGUCGUCACAUCACGAUUUCACAACCACAGAAACCUGCAGCUGUGCUUCAUCAACAACAGCGACAGCGAAGACGAGGAGGAAGGAACCAACAAAAAGGUUUCCACGGGAACAGGGGGCAACGGUUGCCAUGCCGCGGGGCUGAAACAGGAAGUGGCCACCGCUCUGAGGACGCUGAGAGACAAACUGCUGGCCGAACAGAAGGAGAAGGAGCAUCUGGUCGGCAGCAGCGUUGUUGCCAAGCGGAAACAUCUGGAGCUUUGGGAGCUGCACGAGUGUUCAGUGCAGCAGCUCAGCAGCUUGAGAGCAUCUCUUCAACAGGACGUGCACGCUCUGAGCUCCGAGCUGGUGGCCCACCUGUUGGUACGAGACCAGCUGAGGACGAAGCAGGACGCCAUGCUGCUCGACGUUCAGGACCUGACCUAGCACCAGGACAGUCCUCACGAACAAGUUUCCUCCGCAUAAAUGUAAACAUUUGACCACUGUGGGACCAGGUUGGGCUGCUCGUCCCAGUCAGCCCAGGAGUCUCUCACUUCACCAAAAUGUUAGCUGACCUGCUAAUUUAUAGAAAACUGACAAGCAUUCGAGGCAACAAAGAGGGAGACACGACUGGAAGUUAAAUCACUAUCGCAUCGCUCUGAAUUUCAGAUUAAUGGCGAAACCUGAAGAUAACAGCAGUUAUGACGCAGACAGGAUGAGACUUAAACGCACGUCCAAAGGAAAGUUCAGAUACAAGUUGGUACAUGACAGCAGGUUGAUGUGAAAUGACAAGAAGUAGUAAUUUCAAACAGACAAAGUUUUAAAUCAACAAAGUCUUUCUCUGGAUUAUUGGGAAGCUAAAUCUGCAACAUCUCCAAUCAGCUUUUGGCUGGCGAGGACAUCAUAUAGAACUAGCCAAAGACAAACAGCACUUGGAUUUUGCCAUAUUUACUUCUAAACUGCACUCGGCCAUUUAAUUCACAUAGUGUUAGUGCUUUGGUCCAACUAUUAAGCUACUCAGGAUCUUUAUUGUCAAGUUUGGGUCCAGUGUCAGUUGUAUUGUACCUGUGAGUGAAGGUCGAGGCCCAGAAGAAAAGAAGAAGAGGCGGUGGACGGUCAGGAGGGAAACCUUCUUCCUCAGAAAUUAAACCAUUCUCUCUCUUAUGUCACCAGGCUUUUGACAGCAGUCUCCUGAGAAAUUUACGUAUAGUAAACAUGAUGGGAUAGUAAAGAUUGGGUGUCUAGUUCCUAUGGUCACUUUUCAUGCAUGAAUCAUUAGCAGGUGGCAUUUAAUUUGUGAAUUGUGAAUAACGGGGAGAGUUUAUUUCACAGAAGCCUCUUUGAGACAUGCAGAUUGCUGUUCAAUCUGCCCAAGAUGCAUCAGACGUGAAUGAGUUUGUGUUAGUUGAGACGCAGCGUCAAACAUAGAUGGCAACGCUGGUUCAGCAUGACUUGGAGGCCAUGGUUCUUCGUCAGAAAGUGGUAGACUGCUCCCCUCCAGCUUGCGAGUGAGUUGCUGCCCAAAGUAAAGUAUCUUGGUGUGUUGUCCCCGAAUGAGGGUAAAAUGGAACGUGAGAUGGACAGGCAGUUUACCAGUUGAUCUACGCCCUCACCUGUGGUCAUGAGCUGCGAGUAGUGACCGAAAGAACGAGAUCAGAGUUCAGACAUCCGGAGCUAGCUCGUAGUAGAGCUGCUGCUCCUUCGCAUUGAAAGGAGCCAGUUGAGGUGGGUCAGGCAUCGGAUCAGGAUCCUCCUGGAUCUUGCGUCUUUCACAAGAUUUUUGUCAGGAUAUGACUUUUAGCAAUAUUUGAAUCAGAAUCCGAUGGCUACACCCACACAGUUUUUUGUUAAACUUAAUUGCUGCUUAUUUAGCCAUAAAUAUUUAAUGUGAUGGAAGAAAUACAUUUUCAAACCAGGUUUUCAGCCUCUGAUAUGUAUUGUAAGUCGCCCUGGAUAAAUUUAAAUGUAUUGUUCAGUAGACAGAAAACAAUGUUGGCAGGUCUUUAUGAGCACAUUAUACUUCUGCAUUGUAGCCUGCCGCGCACCUCCCCAACAAUUUAAUUACACGUUGCGGUGACGCAGACCACAAAAACUGUGAUUGGUCGGCCUGGUAGCAUUGCAUUUCCUCCUAGCCCACAAGAAAGUGCCCUGUGCUUUGAAGCAAGUUUUAGCCAAACUAGACAUUUCCCCGUAAACUAACAAGCGGCUGUAAAAUGGUGGAUAAUUUUUUUUGAGCCUCACAACUCCGCGACAUGAGUUUAAUUUUAAGAUUGGUUUUGUUAUCACAGUUUGAUCCAUUUCGUCCGAUAACAUUUGGAAAGUCUAGAAGAGCCGCACGAUCAUUUUACCCCCAUUCAAAUUAGUGGAGGGCUAAACCGGAAGUUAACCGGCUCGGCCGGCGAAAGUCAAGACAAGAAACAAAUGUAGGGGGUGAAGUUUGUGCUUUGGAAAUUCAUUGAGAGAGAGUUUGCUGAUAGAAAAGAUGAGUGUGAUUUUUCUCAGGUAGGAGGACCAGAAGCAGGUUAACUAGU